CGCGCCAGUGAGUGCUGCUGUUGCCGGCGAGCGAGCGGCGCGGCGGAGGGCAGCGGAGGCAGCGGGUGAGGGCGGCGGCGGCGCCUGAAGCGUACCCAGCGGCUACAGAGAGGCGACCCGCGGGGCGGCGGGCACCGGCGGACACCCGCAGGCGAGGCCGGCGCGGGCGGUAGGCGGCGGCGGCGGCAGCUCGGUGGAGGCUCAGGCGGCGAGGAUGCUGCCGGGGAGGCUGUGCUUGGUGCCGCUCCUGCUGGCGCUGGGCGUGGGGAGCGGCGGCGGUAGUGGCGACGGCGGGGACAGCCGGCGGCGCCGCCUCCUCGCGGCGAAAGUCAAUAAACAUAAGCCAUGGAUUGAGACGUCGUAUCAUGGAGUCAUUACUGAGAACAAUGACACAGUCAUUUUGGACCCUCCACUGGUAGCCCUGGAUAAAGAUGCCCCAGUACCUUUUGCAGGGGAAAUCUGUGCAUUCAAGAUCCACGGGCAGGAGCUGCCCUUUGAGGCCGUGGUACUCAAUAAGACAUCUGGAGAGGGCCGGCUUCGUGCCAAGAGUCCCAUCGAUUGUGAGUUGCAGAAGGAGUACACCUUCAUCAUCCAGGCCUAUGACUGUGGUGUGGGACCCCGGGAGGCAGCCUGGAAGAAGUCACACAAGGCUGUGGUCCACAUCCAGGUGAAGGAUGUCAAUGAGUUUGCUCCCACCUUCAAAGAGCCAGCCUACAAGGUCAUCGUCACAGAAGGCAAAAUCUAUGACAGCAUCCUGCAGGUAGAAGCCAUUGAUGAAGACUGCUCCCCCCAGUACAGCCAGAUUUGCAACUAUGAAAUUGUCACAACAGAUGUGCCUUUUGCCAUUGACAGAAAUGGCAACAUCAGGAACACAGAGAAGCUGAGCUUUGACAAACAACGUCAGUAUGAGAUCCUGGUAACUGCUUAUGACUGUGGACAGAAGCCUGCUGCUCAGGACACCCUGGUACAAGUGGAUGUGAAGCCAGUGUGCAAGCCUGGCUGGCAAGACUGGACCAAAAGGAUUGAGUACCAGCCCGGCUCGGGGAGCAUGCCCUUGUUUCCCAGCAUCCACCUGGAGACGUGCGAUGGCGCUGUGUCCUCCCUCCAGGUCACCGCCGAGCUGCAGACUAAUUACAUCGGCAAGGGCUGUGACCGUGAGACCUACUCCGAGAAAUCCCUUCAGAAAUUAUGUGGAGCAUCCUCGGGCAUCAUUGACCUCUUGCCAUCCCCUAGCGCGGCUACCAACUGGACUGCAGGACUGCUGGUGGACAGCAGUGAGAUGAUCUUCAAGUUUGAUGGCAGGCAGGGUGCCAAGAUCCCCGAUGGGAUUGUGCCCAAGAACCUGACAGACCAGUUCACCAUCACCAUGUGGAUGAAACAUGGUCCCAGCCCCGGGGUGAGAGCUGAGAAGGAAACCAUCCUCUGUAAUUCGGAUAAAACUGAAAUGAACCGGCAUCACUAUGCCCUCUAUGUGCACAACUGCCGCCUCGUCUUCCUCCUGCGGAAGGACUUCGACCAGGCAGACACCUUCCGCCCUGCAGAGUUUCACUGGAAGCUGGACCAGAUUUGUGACAAAGAGUGGCAUUACUAUGUCAUCAAUGUGGAGUUUCCUGUGGUCACUCUAUACAUGGAUGGAGCAACAUAUGAACCAUACCUGGUGACCAAUGACUGGCCCAUUCAUCCAUCUCAUAUAGCCAUGCAACUUACUGUCGGCGCCUGUUGGCAAGGGGGCGAAGUGGCCAAACCACGCUUUGCACAGUUUUUCCAUGGCAGCCUCGCCAGCCUCACGAUCCGUCCUGGCAAAAUGGAAAGCCAGAAGGUGAUUUCUUGUCUGCAAGCCUGCAAAGAAGGGCUGGAUAUUAAUUCCUUGGAAAGCCUCGGGCAAGGAAUAAAGUAUCACUUCAACCCUUCACAGUCUGUCCUCGUGAUGGAAGGCGAUGACAUUGGGAACAUCAACCGAGCCCUCCAGAAGGUCUCCUACAUCAACUCCAGGCAGUUCCCAACAGCAGGUGUCCGGCGCCUCAGACUCUCUUCCAAAGUCCAGUGCUUCGGGGAAGAUGUGUGUAUCAGCAUCCCAGAUGUGGAUGCCUACAUCAUGGUCCUGCAGGCCAUCGAGCCUCAGAUCACCCUCCAGGGAACAGAGCGCUUCUGGAGACCUGCUGCCCAGUUUGAAAGUGCCAGAGGAGUGACUCUCUUCCCUGACAUCAAGAUUGUGAGCACCUUUGCCAAAACUGAGGCAUCUGGGGACACAAGAACCACAGGCACAGCCCCCAAAUCAGCAGUCUUGGAAGAAAUGCUACACAACUUGGAUUUCUGUGACAUUUUGGUGCUUGGAGGGGACUUGGAUCCAAGACAAGAGUGCUUGGAGCUCAACCACAGUGAACUCCACCAACGACACCUGGAUGCCACUAAUUCUACGGCUGGCUACUCCAUCUAUGGUGUGGGGUCCAUGAGCCGCUACGAGCAGGUGCUGCACCACCUCCGUUACCGCAACUGGCAUCCCACUUCCCUUGAGACCCGGAGGUUCCGGAUCAAGUGUUCAGAACUCAAUGGGCGUUACACUAGCAAUGAGUUCAACUUGGAGGUCAGUGUCCUGCAUGAAGUCAGAGUCUCUGACAAGGAACACGUCAACCACCUUAUUGUGCAGCCACCAUUCCUCCAGUCUGUCCAUCACCCUGAGUCCCGGAGUAGUAUCCAGCGCAGUUCAGUGGUCCCGAGCAUCGCCACAGUGGUCAUCAUUAUCUCGGUGUGCAUGCUGGUGUUUGUUGUGGCCAUGGGUGUGUACCGAGUGCGAAUUGCCCACCAGCAUUUUCUCCAAGAGACUGAAGCUGCCAAAGAGGCCGAGAUGGACUGGGAUGACUCUGCACUGACUAUUACAGUCAACCCUAUGGAGAAACAUGAAGGGCCAGGGCAUGGGGAAGAAGAGACUGAAGGAGAGGAAGAGGAGGAAGCAGAGGAAGGCAUGAGCUCCAGCAGCAGUGGCUCUGAUGACAGCGAAGAGGAAGAGGAGGAAGGAAUGGGCAGAGGCAGACAUGGGCAGAGUGGCACGAGGCAAGCCCAGCUGGAAUGGGAUGAUUCCAUCCUCUCCUACUAGUGCUAUGGGCCUGCUGACCAGCCCAUGUGCCCCUUUUGUAAAGCCCAACCCAAUGUAUGCCCAAGCCUGUCACACUAGCCUCUAAUUUAUGUCGGGUCUGGGAAGGUCAUCAGCUUCCUGGAAUCUACCCUCUAUGUUUGGGGCACUGCCUGUGUCCCAACCAUGGGGCACUUCCAAGAGCCCAGUGUCACCACCAGUGAGGACUUCAGGGUGGUUCCAUUGUCCUGUGGCCCUCAUUUCUUCUGCCUUGGGCUCACCCAGAAUCCUGUCACUCACCCAGUCUGCAGAGUUCUGAGCAUCUUGUUCUUUUCUGCAGGGGAAAAGGUCCACCUUUAAGCCACUUAUCCUAGGCUCAGUGUUUUCGAACUCCUUGGGUUGUAACUCACUGUGUAUGUACUUGACUAAAUAGCCUUUCUCCACUGACACCAGCAGGUCCUCCCUACGCUUGGUCUCCAGGUUGCUUUCUAUAGGGAAGGCAGUGGAAUUUCAUACGCCCAAAUUCUUAGGGCUUAAGAAUUGAAAAGAAAGCCUUUCUUGAGACAGAAUUGAGUUUCAAGGUAAAAGUUCAUAGUGUACAUGUACAUACACAACCACCACACACACACACACACACAAACCACCACCACCACCACCACCACACCACACACUUCCUAUCUUGGGGAGCCUUUCCUUUUACUUCUUUCUGAGACUACAUAAACUGGUCUAAAAAAAAUUUAAAACCAAAAGUUAGUUGGUCUUUGACCAUAAGUAGAGUGUAUCCUCAUCACAGGGCUUGCUAACAAGCAUCCUGACCUGCCUAGAGAAGGUCUAGGCAGGUGGGACUUCCCCAUCCAGGGCUAUCACCACACAGAACCAUAGGGCCCGGGAAGAAUUUCACACAGGCACUGUUCAGGUGAUGGCUUGGACUUGGCUGUUGCCAAGAGCCAAAGAAUGAGCUAAUGGGGUGACUCAACAAGGCUUCAUGGUGGACAGAAAUCUGCUUUGACAUGGGGUUGGUAUGGCUGGACUCCACCAGAGAAAAGCAACCUAAAGGUUGACAAGGCUGUCACCACCUAGCCUGUGGUCCCUUAUCACCUGUUACUGUUUUCUCUUGAGGAAGCAACACCAUUUUUCAGAUAUAGUAGAACAAAUAUAGGCUCUCUCAGUCUGCAAUGAAAGUUGGGAAAUUCAACUGCUGGGAAUUCAAAGCAUAUUUGUAAUAAUAGCAGCUGCCUCUUUUUCUUCUCAUAAAAGGGGGAGAUGCUUUGAAUAGAGGGCAAAUAUAUCAAAACCCUAAUUUCUUCUUCUUUCUUCUUAUUUUAAUAAGGAAGACUUUUCCAUCUCCAUUCUAACAUGGUAACAUGGGCAGUUCGUGAGGAGAAUUGUUGCUAUAGUAACUGGUGGACAAUCUUUUGUGGCCUAGAGAAUAGCAGGCAAGAAUUAAGGCUGUUGUAAGAGUUCCACAAGGCUUUGAGGACAUGUUUAUUUCAAACACCUUGAGCUCUUCUUUGUUUCAGUCUGUAUGGGUCACCCCCAGCCUCCUAUUCUGCCCCAAGCCCAUCCUGAAUUGACUUGGUGCACAUCCACAGUUGGUCUCUCAUCACAUAGCAUUCAGGUUCAACCUACUAUUCCCCUUGUCAUCAUCCAAACAUAGCAUUCAGGGAGUGGUUACAACUGAUGUCCUCUACUCUGCUCAGCCCUCCAGGCAGUGAGGGUCCAUGCCAGGUCUGUGCAAGCUUCUCACUGGGGAGAACUACCUUAUGCUGCUUUCUCAUCUUCCAAAGUGUUUUGUGCAAACCUUCCCUUUCUUGAGCCUCCAAGCAAACCUGUGAAAUAUUUGAGAAAUCUGUUAUUAGGUAUGGGUUUUGUAUGUGUGUGUGUGUGAUGAGUAAACUGAGCCUCAGAGUCAGUGUCCUGCUAAUAGUCAGUUCAGAGGUGCAGACUACACUAUGGUCUACUUAUGUUCGUAUUAACGUGCAUUUCUGAGCACCCACUAUGUGCUAACUAAGCACAGUACCAGCAGCAGUGGGAAUGGGAUGAAGCUGAUUGAGACAGGCCUUUCCCCAUAGAGACCUGUAGAAGGGACACAAACAGGCAUGGAAAUUACACAGGAGAGAGGAGGAGGAAGUGACAAAAGACACAGGAAGAAAAGGGACACAUUUACCAACUCAACCAGUGCCCUGAUUUUUCCCUCUUGGAAGAAACUUGAGAUUUGAUAUUCAUUGAAAGGAAAUAGACACAUCUCCCAUGAAUUACCCCAAUCAAAUGCCCCCUUUUCUGCCAAGCUAUUUCUGCACAUUUACAAGGGGAAAAUCUACAGGACCAGUUAGGCUUCACAAUCCCAUUAUUUAAAUAAAAAGACAUUCUUCAGUCAGGCAUUUAGGAGCUACUGAAUUCUCCCAAAAUUAUGGCAGUAAAGGGAACACUUUGUAUGUUUAAAACCAAUCCUUUUUGAAUGAGAUUUUGAUUGCAAAUAUUUAAGUCUAGGGUUUAUGAGAGCACUUUCCUCUGCUCUGGCUUUUCAGUUCCGAUUGGGUGGAAAGCCGUUCUUGUGCCCCCGAGCUACCUCUUGUGGCUACAUUACUCAUUCAUGGUUAGGUGAGCUGUUUGGAGUAUUAAAAGUCCUUUAUGUUUUGUGUGAGGUGGGGGAGGGGGAAGCAGAUGGAAGUUGGGAAGCAUCUGGAUAAGCAAGCAAAGAUAUGUCAUUGCAGGAAGCAUUCGGUGGCUGGACUCAUAAUUGCAGGGGAAUGGUGACAACAAGAACCCAAAGCCUUUCCCAAAGCUGAGAUGUCUAGAUGAUGCUACUGGGACCACAGGCUUUUCUCCUGUUCCCAACACUCACUUUGUUACCUUGGGUAAGAUGGGGGUGGUUAUAAAAUAGUAAGCUUCAGCAGGUAUCCAGGUGAAUGGUAGGUAAUAGCAUAUGCCUCCCAUCAGAUAUUCUGGCCAUGAGUGCAAGAUACUAAUCACACUGGCAUUUUCCAGUCUCUGUAGGGUCGUAUUUUAAAACCAAAAGCCCCAGAUGAUCAGGACACUGUGUGACUGCUCAGGAAGAGGUGAGCCGUCAAGCAGAGGCAGACUCAGCCCCAGGAGAAGCAGCUGACUGGUUUGGCCAGAGACCAGCCCAUUGCUUAGCUGGCCAAAUGGACAACCUGAGUCUGCUAUCAGAGCUUGAAAAUAGGUAACCAGCCAUUCUCUGGUAACCGAGGAGACAGAGAGGAAAAGGAGAAGGAGGGUGAGAUCAGAAGAGGCCAGCACAUUAUAGGCUGCCCCAGUGGAGUAAAGCCAUUAAGUCCAUUGGAGAAGUCUCUCCAGAAAUGCUGACUCUAUUGUAACAGAUUUAAACAACUUCUGUAAGUCUGACCAAGGCCCCAAGCCACACAGAUACAAAAACUGAUUUCCGAGACAGCCCUCACAUUAGCCAUGCUGUGAAUAUUAACAAAGGCUCUGAAUUUAACAAGGCAGUGUGUCUUCCAGGGACCUGAGUCUCUGUGAAGGGGACCACUGCUACUUCCGUCAUCCCUCCCCCUUCCUGUGCUUCAGAGAUCAACAAUCUUUGUUUGGAAACAUCCAGAAAAGAAAGACUUAGGGUACUAAGCCAUUUGUUCUCUCUGUUACUUGUACUGAACUCUGCCUCAGCACAUGAAAGCAACCACUGGCAAUGCCCAAACAAAGGGCCUUCCAAUUCGUUCCUCCAUCUAUUUUUCAGUAAAAUUGAUUUAUGAUACUGAGGGAAAAAAAGAGGAAAUUUGAAUUCGUUGAAUUCAGUUCAUGUCAUCAACUUUUCACUCUUUUUAUUUCUCAUUUCCCACUCAAAACUUUGCCUGCAAGACAUCUAGGAAACUAGCCACCAGGCAGAUCCAUGUGAGGCAGACACAGAGAGCAGCCCUCCAUUUCCCAGGGAAAAAAGCAGCUCUAUCAGCAUGCCAUGCCUAUCCAUCAGGUCCCUAGUGGUUGGUGCCUUGAACUGAACAGCUGGAAAACUCUGGGGUCUUUCGUGGAAGCUCUCUUAGAAGUGCACAGGAGAUUGGAGAAAAAUGAAAAAUAAAUAAGUGAACCAACAAAAUCCCACUUGUUAUUUUUGAAUUGAUGAAAUCAGACAACUAUUCCCAAGGGUUGGAUGCCUUAGACCCAGGGAACAGGCUAAUCACUGAGCACUGACUCCCUCUCCUCUGCUGAGGCAAGAGCUAACUCCCCAGGCUCAGCACCUUCCCAGCAGGGCUCAGUCCAUAAUGAUUUCCAAGCAGAAGUGUUCAUUAUCUGGGACUGAUUUUCAUUUCGGCCCUGUUCAUGUCUUUGCUCUAAAAAUGAUCCUAAAGACUUGUGGCUGUUUGAAUCAAUAGCAACACAAUCAGCAGAAAGCCCUGCCCAGCACACUCCAGAAUUAACAGUCUUCUUGCCUCCAUGACUCAAUAUUAGCAGCAAAGAAAGGAGUGCUUUUUCUUAAUCAUCUCCCCCAUUUAAAUUAGCCAGAUAGGCUUUGCAAAAAAAAUAUGGGAGGGAAUAAAUUUAGUUCUUUAAAAGAAUUUGCCAGUGAAUAGUAGAUGAUGCUCAUAUAACAUGCAGCCUCUGGGGAUCCCGGAAGUCUCCUGCAUGUGCUCAGGCAGGUUGUGGUGGCACAGGCUCCUCUCUGUGUGCCAGACAUUUAUCGAGGCUGACAAGCCAAAGCCCUUGGCAUGGUUUAAUUUUCAUGUAACCACUUUGCGUUGUCCAGCUGUAGGGAAAGGAAAUGAGCAAUGCCAGUUUUGAAGUCAACUCCAGCACCCUCAUUUGACUGUCUUUAUUUGUUUUACUUUAUGCAUUUAUUCUGCAUUAGCUUCCUUCUGACACUGGUUAGAAAGGGAGAGUUGGUUUUACAGGAGCUAUGGUAUAGAAGCCAAGCUCGACUUUGUCCCAUGGUAACAAAGAUAGACAGAAAUUACCUCGACAGCAUUUCUGAGAACAAUCAGAUAGCUGCUGUGUUCAGUCAAUUAGCAGAUGGGAGUCUCUGUUUGCAGUUAUGUUCAACAAAUUCAGGAGGUCCUCAUUGAGAACCCACGUGAGCUAGAGUCUAAGCCAGGAGCAGGAGAAGAGCAAAUGAAUGGCAUAUAGAGAGGGUCCCUGGUCUUGUAGUGCCAGAGGCUGUCAGAAGCAGUUAGGACGGUCGUGGGCAGAAGUUUAGGGGUAUAAUAUAAUUGCUUUACAGUCAUCUGUUUUAGCUAAGAUGGUAGGGAUGAUCCUAUGGGGUGCUGACAGCCUCCAUCAACAGACAGAGCUCUUUGGGGACGUGAGCAAUGUGCUCCUAAAUGCUCCUUCGAUAUCAUGGUUCAGGACACUUACAGAGGAAAGCCUUCCCCUCUAUGCAGAAAUAAUGACUGAUGGCUGAGAUUUGGUAAAACCUAAGACAGGAAGUCCUUAAAUAGGCGCAGCAGCAGCCAGGCAGAGCAGAUGGGUUAUGAACAGUGAUUUAAGAGGGCAUGGGGAGGGGGGAGGCGGCGGGAGGCUGACAGUCAACGCCCAGGGUCUGACCAGCCUCAUGUGAGAGUUCAUAUGUGAAGGGAGGAGCUCUGGAGGCUCUGCGGAGGGAGGUUUGCUGAGCACAUUGGACAGCUCCAGUUCUCUGGCUGUGUGAUUUGUGGGGUGAGACCAGCAGAAGCAGCACCCGGGAACUAGGGAGGCUUAGCAAGCUGUGCAUUAGGAGCAGUCUGGUUCUCGGGCAGGCCAGGGUUUGAGAACCAUUGCUGUGGAGGAAGAGACCAGCGUCCGCUGCUAACAAACUGGAGGAAAUCACCAGCUCCUGCUGCAGUAAGAGAGGGAAACAGAGCAGGGCCCGAGUUCACACCCUGAAGCAGUCAUUUCAAAGGACCUGCUCCCAAUUCCAACUUGUCUCCUCUGCUUGGGGGUGAGAUGAUCCCUGCCCGCGUGCCCCUUCACAGUAGUGAGAGGCACUGCCCAGGAGGGUUGUAUUGAAGUCACCCAGCUCCAGGGAGGCCACCUGCCCAGUUCCUGUCCAUUGAGUAGCCUCCUUCAAAGCCCCGUUUCAUGUGGCAGCAGUCACACUGCAGCAAUGAGCCCAGGCCACUAGGAGGCUGCUUUGCUCCCAGUAUGCAUCCAGGCAAACAGGGUCAUUCAAGGACACUCCAGGUUACUGCAGCACUAUUCAUUUGUAGUGAGACCGGGGAAAUGCAGUCACAAUUCAAACACUAAAUUGGAUGGGGAAUGGACUGCUUCUCUUGGAAGGACAGUAACCCAUGUUACUAAAAGUAGAAAGAGAAAAUAACAAAGUCAAACCUGCUGUUUCAUCUACAGUGGGAAUCUCAUCCCUGUGGUCUAUGUAGCCUUCAGGUCCCAACCAUUGUCCUUUCCUCGAACUACCAGUUACCUGUGGCCUGAUUUAUGGUAAGAUCUAUGGAAUAAGCACCAUAAACCUUCAGCUGGAACUCCUUGGUGUUUUACCAGUCACUGUGCCCAUGGCCUAAGUCUAACCUCAUUAUCAGGAUCUCAGAGUCAAGGUCAGAGCUCAGGGCAGAGAAGAGGAAUGAAGAACACCCUAAGGCAGGAGAACUAGUAAUAUUGAGUUUCUAUAAACCCAACCCAUCAUUCUCAGAAAAGUGUCCCUCCUGACAGAUGCCACACUGAGCCUCCAAGGACUCCAAAGGGAGCCCGAGCUCCCAAGGAUUCCAAAGGGAUACCAGCAGAGAGACCAUGGUGAAGGCACACAUCUCUAAGAAGUCAGAAUGUCCCCUUUUCGUUAAGUAGAAGGAAAGGAGGGAAAAAUAACAGAAAAGAAAAUGUAGGGCAUGCCUAUUAUUUACCUGUGAGAAGACAAGGAAACCAAAUAGAGGGAAUUUUCUUUUACAGCCCGGCCUCUCUGAGUGAAGUCCCUGCUGACAACACUUCUUUCCCAAGACUUAAGGCUAUUUUCUGUUUCCCUUGCACACCAACCGUUUAUUACAAAAGUCUCCUAAGGGACAAAACAGAAAGUGAUGGAGAGCAGUCCUGGAAAGAGGACUCUGGUUGGCAGGUUUGUCAUGCGGGACAAGGAGACAGUUUGCUCUUGGGGCAGGAGAUCACAUCCAGCCAGGGUAUCAGGAGGCCUGAGUGAGUAGUUGAAAGUCACCCUCCAGGAAUGAGGCACAUAAUGCAGUCAACGAGCAGAAUAUGUGAACUGGUACUUCUGAUCUAUUGACAUGGUUAUAUCCUGAGGUAGAGCCAUGAGCCCAAGAGCCACAGUCUACUUUCCCAGACUUCCCUAGAAAAUAUGACACCUCCAACACUCCCUACCUCCACUUGCCACCUCCCUAAGGCAAGAAGAGAUAACUGAUGUGUCUUAGGACCCUGGUCCUGCACUAAGGAUGUCACCAUGUGUCCCAAGCACUGCAUCUGACCCACAGCAUGCACUCAACAAAUGCUGAAUUGAAUAGAAACCCAGAGAUCACCCAGCCUCAGGGAAUGAGUAUGGUUUGAAGUUAAGAUGCCCUGGUGGAGAAAGACUCCCCCAGCCCUGGCUUUAGCAUAUCAGCCAUCAUCUGCAAAAUCAGGAGUGGGAGAAGAGUGGAAGGGGGAAGGACUGAUGACACCUGACAGGAAGGGACUUCUUUUCAGAGCAAUCCUUACCAGGCAGGACCAGUAAGUGUCUCCCCAAAGACAGGAGCAAGCAUAGCUAGGCCUUGAUGAGCCCCACUUGCUCUACCCUAUGGGUCAUGGGACUCAGGAAAUGGAGCCUUAAUUUGUUGAUAAGCCCAGCUCCUUGCUGCUCUACCACCCCCUUUAUCAGAUAUACCAUGGAAGGAGUCAUCACUAUGGAGCUCUAAUCCCGAAAGUCUAACGAGAAGAGGGCAGCAGAUGUGAGAGGCUCCAGAAUACAGAUGGUGUGGAUUAAUCACAGGAACCAACUCAUGUUGGCUUUAAUGUCUGUUUUCUUUUAUCUGAGAAAGAAAACACACUUCUGUUAUCUGGACCCUCUAUACUGAGCAUUUCGGAAAGAUAUGGAACACAAACACAUAAAUAGAGGAUUCUUUUCUCCAACAGAAUGAGCUGUCAGAAAAAGAAGUGAAGAGGUUAUGUCUAUUUGCAAAGGCAGAGAAUCAACACAUAGGUUUUAGGUCUAGACUCCAGCACCCCUGUGGGAAAGGAACGGGGUGGACAAGAAGGUAGUAGCCUCUGCCCUCUGGAAGGAUUCCUUGUGGACCCAAGAGGGUUCAACUGGAUCCAUGAGUCACAUAGCUGAGUAAAAUGCAUGCAUCUGUCUUUGGAGGCAACAAUGCAUCCAUUCUGGCCAUCAGGGAGUGCUGGGGUGUGGCUCUCACCACUAACCACUCUCCAUGAUGCAAAGAGCCCUGGUGGAGUAUUGAUGGCACUCUCACAGACAUACUCCAGAGGGUGGAAAUAGAACAAAAGUUUUGGGGAAAGAAAGUUAGACUAGGCACCCAGGUGCAUCACUUGCAAAGGAAGGGAAGAGAUGUUGACUAAGAAGGUGAUAGAGGGGAUUAGAAGUUGAUUAGGAUGAUUAGGAGUGACAGUAUUGGGAGCAACUAGGAAGCGGGGGUACUGCUCUGUGUGUACACUUAGAUUCACAUGUCAAAGGAAACAUGGGGAGUGUAGCCAUGCGAACACCACAGAGGCAGUUACUGCAAUCACUUUACAAGUCAGAACCACUUGAAGUGAAUGACCGAUCAGGUUUCCAUAUGAUCUGCUCCAAGAAAGAGCUGUUGGUGCCCUGAGCUUGACAGGCAUGGCUGGAGAUGGGAAAAAGCCAGGUGGAGAAUAGAAAGAAGAAAGCAUAUAUAGAAGCUGGCUGUACUAGAGUGGUGCUUGUUAUGUUAUUGCAUGGCAUUGUAAUGUAUGUAAGAAAGAGUCAUAAUGAUGUGAUGGGACAUUAGUUUAUGGUAUUAGAGUAUUAAGUAUAAAAUAUCAGACAUAACUGAGUGAAGGGAAGCUGAUAAUAUAUGUGUAUGUGUAUAUAUACAUAUCUAUAAUGUGGAAGUGAGAAAAAAAACAGAAAGGCCAUUAGUCCCAACAAAUUUGAAUCCUCCAGAAUCCUUAGGUUAUUCUUAUUGUUAUUUGCUUUUAGCUCUCAAAGCCCUGGAAAAAGUACCUGGAACACAGCAGGAGUCAUAAACGUUUGGAAGUGAUGCACCUAGCUUGUCCCUACUUGGUGAAGACAGAUCACUAAACUCCAUAUUGACUGAGCCAUAUAGAAGCAGGUUGGCCCCACACUUCUCCUAGCUUAAGGAAGCCUUUGUGAAUUCCCAUAGCCCAUGCAAUAAUCAGACAGCUGCAGACACAGGGUCUGGUUCUCUGGCAGUGAACAGUGACAGUGUUGCACACAGUGGCUUGCACACAUUUAGAACCUAUCUGAAUAACACCCACAAUGCUGUUUCUACUGUGUAGUGUCUGCCCACCCUGCCAUUGUCUACGCCUUUCCUUAAGUACAUGAUAGAUACUGUUGAAUCUGUCAUCUUCAGUCAUGAUGCUGGGACUAAAUAUAAAGGUUCUGGGUCCAGCCGAUCUCAGGCCCUUCCCUCCUCCCAUAUCUAGAGAUGAUGUCAUCUUUUAAAAACCUUGGGUGGAAAGCCUGUUUGUUCCCACCCACCUACUCAACCUCAGUUGGGAAAGACCUGAGAUAGACAGGCUGCUUGCCCUACUGGAGCCUCUCUGGGGUCCACCCUGCAGAAAGAAAAAGCAACCUCAUUGUAUGGACCCCCUUCCACCUGCUCCUGACUGGGCAGUGUCCAUUAGGUCAGUGCAGCUGGAGUGUCUUUACCUGGAGCCAGCUUCACCUGGGAACUGUCCAGCGCACCCUGGCACACAUUUUCUGAGCCUCUUGAGCUGCCUCCAAGAACGAGUCAUCUUAGUCUACAAGUGUAUUUAUUUGGUAACUAUGCGGCUGUGUGUGUAUGAGUCUGAUACAAUGCAAACCUUGAAAUGUCUUAUUAAAUGGACUUAUGAAUUUAUAGAAAAUCUAAUCUAACUUCAGAGCCGUGUAUUACGUUGUUGGUCAAUAAGGUUGCCCAGCCACAGGGGACCAGAGAAAAACCUUACCCUCCACCCCUUCCCUUGGUACCCUCUCCCUGCCUAAUUGACGCACUAGAUUCUAACUGAUGCAGAGUGAAGGAUGCCCAGAGUGUACAUGUACAUAAGGAUUUAAUAGGGAAAUAACCUCUCGGGAAUCGGUUGAGUUUCUCCCCAUGGCUGUGAUCUUAUCAUGCCUGACUCCCAAACUUUAAAUUUCUAACAAUUUCGAUUCUUGCAGUUUCUGAGUAAUUUGUUAAAUGCCUAUUCAACACAGACAGAUAUUUAUUUUCAGCCUUGGCUCGUAAAUGCCUACAAACUGAUUCAUGUUGGUGGUCAUUAUGACACUGUGAAUUGGUGAAUAAAUAUGAUUUUAGAAUUUCACAGUAAA